AUGGAGCAGUCCAGCGGAAAUGAGAACUCUGGACCGGCAAACACCACACCCAACACCUCCGUCCCUACUACCUCUACCCAACCUGAUCCGGAUGCUGCUGCACCAGAGACACAAGAGUCUCAUAUUCAAAAUCCCACUCCCGCCAAUGCUCAAACCCCGACCACAACCACCAACGCACAAGUUGACUGGAGGGUCUUCCACAUCCCGUCUCCCACAGCCUCAUACGACGCCGACGACGACUACGGACUAGGCGCAGAUAUGGACAACGCCGCGACGCUCGGGGAGGUUGAGGAGGAGCUCGCUGAGCAGGAGAUGUCCCCGACCCGCGAGACCACCGCUCCGUCACGCAGAUCUACGGGGAGGACGCAGCCGCGCUGGACCCCAGAGGAGGAGUGCGAGGUCCUCGCCGCUUUCAUCUCCCGCCAGGCCCAAAUCUGCGCGCGUACGGGUCAGCAAGGCCGAAGCUGGUAUCCGCUCAUCCAGGAGGAGCUCCUGCUGCAAAAUCCGGCGUGGCGCCACGACAUUUCCGCUCUUAAAGCCAAGUACAAUCGCAUGAAGGAGCAGUGGCGCCGCAUCAACGAUCGCAUCAAGCGCUCGGGGGCGGGACGCGCCACUGGUCUGCCUCCUUGGUUCCACCUCGGCGACGCUUUAUGGGACCACGCUGACUGGAGUGGUGGUGCCCACAUCUCCAACUCCCAAUCCCCCGCCCGCGUCACCUGCACCUUCCCCUGCUCGAGACAAUGCAACCCGCCGCGGGAAUACGUCCCCUCUAUCGCCAGACACCAUCCCGUCGGCGUCUCCUACUGCCGCCGCGACGGAAUCAGGUGCGACGACGGGUGUCUCGAUCCGUGGUCGUCGCCAAGUCGGGGGAGCGCUCGCGUCGUCUGA